CCGGAGGCUGGGGUGCUGCGGGUACGCGCGCGCCGACCCCUGGCGCGUUCCAAUCCACGGGCCUGCCGGCCCGGGCCUCGACGACGCGCGCUAAUUUCCGUAUCCGGCUCCGGACGCUUCCGGCCUUAGCUGGACCCAUCUAGGAGGUUAUACCACAAACCUCCAGAUGUUGGUCUGUGGGAUUCAGCAGAGGAUGAAUUUUAUCUCCUCCUCUCAUUGGUAAACUACUCUUCCCAACUGUUCGCCCACCAUCCAUUGUCAUCAUGUCUACCUUACUCCUCAAUCUGGAUUUUGGCGAACCUCCUCCAAAAAAGGCAUUAGAAGGGAAUGCCAAGCACCAAAAAUUUGUCAAGAAGCGGCGGCUCUUGGAACGGAAAGGUUUUCUGAAUAAGAAGAAGCAGCCCCCUAGCAAGGUGCCUAAGUUGCACUCAGAACUUCCAAAGAAAGGGGAAACUCCUAAGGUAGAUGGCGCUUGGAAGGUCCCUCCCCUUCCAAAAAAGAAAAAGACAGCUGCCUCCAGCAGUGGGUCGGAGCAGUCCCUGGACAAGAAAGCUGCAGUGCCUUGGCUGACCCCUGCCCCUUCACAGAAGGCUGGUUCUGUUGUGGCUAAAGUAGAUUUGCUGGGGGAGUUCCAGAGUGCCCUACCAAAGAUUAAGAGCCACCCAACUCGCCCCCAGAAGAAAGGCUCCCAGAAGAACCCUCCUCAGAAGAAUGUCCCCCAGAACUCCACCAACACUCAUUCAGAGAAUAAAUAUUCUGGAGCAUCCCAGAAGAUGCCGAGGAACAUGGUGGCAAUGGACUGUGAGAUGGUGGGCACGGGGCCCAAGGGGCAUGUCAGCUCCUUGGCUCGAUGUAGCAUUGUCAACUACAGCGGAGAUGUGCUUUAUGAUGAGUACAUCCUUCCCCCCUGCCACAUCGUGGACUACCGGACCAGAUGGAGUGGUAUCCGGAAGCAGCACAUGGUGAAUGCUACACCCUUCAAGAUUGCUCGGAGCCAGAUCUUGAAGAUUCUCACAGGGAAGAUAGUGGUGGGGCAUGCCAUCCACAACGACUUCAAAGCCCUUCAGUACUUUCACCCCAAGUCCCUCACCCGGGACACCUCUCAUAUCCCCCUCCUCAACCGUAAGGCUGACUGCCCAGAGAAUGCCACCAUGUCUCUGAAGCGUCUCACCAAGAAGCUGCUGAACCGGGACAUCCAGGUUGGGAAAAGUGGACACUCCUCUGUGGAAGAUGCUCAGGCCACCAUGGAACUGUACAAGUUGGUUGAAGUUGAGUGGGAACAGCACCUGGCCCAGAAUCCCCCAAAAGACUAGUGGCAGUGGGGAUGCUGGUGAUGUGGGAGGCAGAGGCAGCACCGCACCCAGGAGAACAGGGCAGUGGACCAAUGGACAGCUCUUCCAGCUCCACACCUUUGGAAGCUGGAGUUGUUGGGGAGAGUGAGGCUCCACCCCAGACUUAAUAUCCAUUGAAAUUUCACCUCAGGUGUUGUGUUCUGUGUCUGGUUAAGUGUCCUAUGGAAGAAGGAAGCUUCCAUAUAAGAACCCAGCCCUAGGCUGUUUACCUCUUAAAUGGUGCUAACCACAGGUCCCAGGGUGCUUUGCUCCUGGGAAAAAAGCCUUUUGACUUUCAAGGGGCAGGGCAUACUGGGCAAUGUAGUUUUCCAAACUGCCUUAUCACUAGGGUGGCCAUAUGUCUCAUUUUAUGCCUUUUGUUCUCAAGUAAUUAAUAGCAUCCUCUUUCACUCUCAGAAGUAUCCUAUUGGGUAAUAACUUACAUGAUCACAUUACAUCUCACAGACUCUGCUUUUGGCUCAGAGUCUACAUCUAGUCUGUCAGAAUAUCACCUGUUCUUUCCACCUUGACUUCUAGAGAAGCCAUCCCUGGUGAGAUUUAGUUCUCCUUAGGCAAUAGGGUAAGAGAGUGUGACUUGGAAAUCAACUUUUCUGAUUUAGGAAAGCAGUCUCUUUCCUAAAGUGAUAGAGGAUUUAUUUAAUUUAGAUCCCACUUGGUAGUUAAAAAAGAAUUUAAAGUGUUUUUAUGGUAAUUUUUAGUCUUUUGCUUUGCUAAAUGAAGCCUCUAAAAACUCAAAUUAUUCCCUUGAUAAAUUUUUAUAAAGGAAAAA